AAAUCAACACAAGAAAUUAACAAUCUGUUCCCUUUAUCUAAACAGAAAUAGAAUGGUGAGAUAAACUAAAGGCUAAGCAAUCCUACGGCCAGGACAGAUUCUUCGGCUUAACCAUGGUUAAGAGAAAUGAAGCUCCUUUCCUUUGCCAACUCGUCAAAACUGGGAAUAAAGGAGCCAGUUACCGCCAUUAAGUGUUUCCUAGGUGAGAAAGAGAGAAAGAUGUCUGACGAGGAACAUCACUUUGAGUCAAAGGCGGACGCUGGAGCCUCAAAGACCUACCCUCAGCAAGCUGGUACCAUUCGCAAGAAUGGCUACAUCGUCAUCAAGGCUCGUCCUUGCAAGGUUGUAGAAGUUUCAACUUCGAAAACUGGAAAACAUGGACAUGCAAAGUGCCACUUUGUGGGCAUUGAUAUCUUUAAUGGGAAGAAAUUUGAAGAUAUUGUUCCGUCAUCCCACAACUGUGAUGUUCCCCAUGUUAAUCGUAUUGACUAUCAGCUGAUUGAUAUAUCUGAAGAUGGUUUUGUGAGUCUCUUAACUGACAAUGGAAACACCAAGGAUGACCUGAGGCUUCCCACCGAUGAAAAUCUGCUAAGCCAGAUUAAAGAUGGGUUUGCUGCAGGAAAGGACCUUGUGGUGACAGUCAUGACUGCAAUGGGAGAGGAGCAGAUUUGUGCUCUUAAGGACAUUGGUCCUAAAAAUUGAAUAUAUGCUGCUAUAGCUUUAUUUGCUUAUAAAGGGUUUUAUGUACUAUGCGUGUAUGCAACAUGGUAUUUUAACAUUGAAAUCUUAAAGUUAGUGGACGACUGAGGCGAGUUGGACGAACUCUGGUGUAAUCUGACAUUACCGAAAUAUCUAUAAAUCCUUCAUUUUGAAUUUGAUAAAUUUAACAUUUCUUUCAAUGUUCUGUACAUUUAUGUCACAAUGUAUAUGCUAAUAGCCUAAUACAAAAAAAAAAAAAAA